GCUUAUGUCGCUGCGAAUAUGAUCAUCGCCAGAAAAAAAAUCCUACACCGUUAUUUUCUGCUCUGCUCAUUGGUUUCUUGCUCAGAAAGAACCCUAGCUUUCGCUACUGAACGCUCGUACUCUUCGCCAUGGUCCAACUUGUUUCGACCUCCUCGAAUCAUAUUCGGUAUUUGCUUCAGAACUUAAACCAUUCCAACUCCGACUCUGUAUUGCAAGAGCUCCUCCAGUGUGCUGCAUAUGGAACUGAGGGGAGCGUAUUGGUGCUUGGAAUCUGCUUUGAUCACCUGAAUAUCUAUGGGAAAGACUUGAAGAAUUUACAGUUGGAACCAGUUUUUGCUUCAAUUUUUAAAUACUUGUUGGAUAAACCUAAUUUUAGCACAGUUUUCUUCAAGUCAGUCAGAGGUGAUGCUAUUUGUGUGGAGUUUCUGGAGAACCUGUGUACUGCAUUACAGUUGACAGUAUAUGAGAAAAUUGGCAUUGGUCAUGCUUUGUCAUAUGUAGAAGACGUUGAUAUCAAAAUGUGUGGGAAAAAAUUCUUCAUCAUUCAGCUUGGGGAAUUAUUGUCAACUCGCAUGUCUGUGGACUCUGUGAAGAUUGUUCAGAACAUGCUUUUGAAGAGUGUGGAUUUGGUUAUGAACAUGCUGUCUCCUUUUCUAUCAAAAGAUGGAGCUUCACUUCUUUCAGAUAAAAUUCAUGAAGCUGACUUUUCAUGCAUGAAUUUUGAUCUUUUAAAUGAAGGCAGUGAAGAUGAUUUUGAUGCUCUUCUAGCAGAGAUGGAGAAGGAGAUGAGCAUGGCUGAUAUAAUGAAGGAAUUGGGUUAUGGAUCCACUGCGAGUGUCUUGCAAUGCAAGGAAAUUUUAUCUCUUUUCCUGCCACUGACAGAAAUUACCAUUGCAAGGAUACUUGGAAUGACUGUUUAUACAUACUCAGGCCUCGAGGACAAUCACAAUAUAUUCUUGUCAUUUCAAACUGCUCUUGGAAGUAGCAGUCUAUCUGAUCUACCACCACUAAGUUCUUGGAAUACUGAUGCCCUCAUUGAUGCUAUCAACCAGCUAGCUCCUGGACUAAAUUGGGGAAUCAUCAUAGGAAAUCUAGAUCAUGAGGGCUUUUAUGUUCCUAAUGAAGCAUCUUUCUCUGUUCUCAUGUCUAUGUAUAGACGUGCUUGUCAGGAUCCUUUCCCUCUACACGCCAUUUGUGGCUCUGUCUGGAAAAAUGCUGAGGGCCAGCUUUCAUUUCUUAGAUAUGCUGUUUUGGCGCCACCAGAAUUGUUUACUUUUGCUCAUUCUGGGAGGCAACUGGCAUAUGUUGAUGCUGUGAAAGAUCAUAAGCUUCAACCUGGACGUGCAAAUCAUGCUUGGUUGUGUCUUGAUCUUUUGGAAGUGUUCUGCCAAUUGGCUGAGAGUGGUCAUGCAAGCCUUAUUCGAUGUAUUCUUGAGUACCCCCUUAAACACUGCCCUGAAGUCCUGCUUCUUGGCUUGGCCCACAUCAAUACGGCAUAUAAUCUCCUUCAGCAUGAAAUCUCUUCUAUUGUUUUCCCUACAAUGCUAAAAAGUACACUAGGGACACGCGUGAUUCUUUAUUUGUGGAAUGUUAAUCCAAGCAUUUUGUUGAGGGGGGUUAUGGAUGCCAUGGAGGAUGAUCCCAACAACAUUAAUAAAGUUUUGGAUUCCUGCCAAGAACUGAAGAUUCUUUCACCAGUGCUGAAUAUGAUUCCUUAUUCUUUUGGUAUUAGACUUGCUGCCCUUGCUUCUCACAAAGAAUUCAUUGAUCUUGGGAAAUGGUUGAGUACCAACUUAAAAACAUAUAAAGAUAAUUUCUAUGAGGAAUGCCUUAAGUUCAUAAAGGAGGUGCUUUUUAGUGUUCAAGAUGAUUCUACUAACCACUUUCCCCCACCUAAUGCUCUUUUGAAUAGUUAUUUGGAAACUGUUUCAAUGUUUAUAAAGGUCCUUCAAUCAUGUACAGGGUCAGUUUCAUCCUUUCACUUGUCUGAGGAAUUGGAGAAGCUGAACCUGACUUGCAUGAAUUCUAACUCAAGCCUUGAGAAUAUUUCUGCUGAUUCCAAUGAUAUUGAAGCAUCAGCAAAUUCUUAUUUCAAGCUACUGUUUACUCAGCAGCUGACAAUUGAGUCAAUGAUUCAAAUUCUUGGACGUUUCAAAGAAUCUUCUGAAAAAAGGGAAAAGUCAAUAUUUGGGGUUAUGAUUGCAAAUCUUUUUGAGGAAUAUAAAUUUUUUCCCAAGUAUCCAGAGAAUCAGUUGAAAACAGCUGCAAUUAUCUUUGGAUCCCUUAUCAAGCAUCAUCUUGUGACUCAUAUUAAUCUUAAAAUUACUCUGAAAGCUGUCUUGGAUGCUUUACAAGAACCUGCAGAUACAAUUAUGUUUGGGUUUGGAACUCUUGCUCUGGAACAGUUUGAGGACUGUUUGAUCGAGUUGCCAGAAUUCUGCCAUCACAUAUCACAAAUAUCUCAUCUCCGUGUAGCUAAGCCAGAGCUUAUUCAAUUCAUUGAACAUGAACUUGCAAGGGUUUCCAUGGUGAAUUCUGAAUUGGAUGAAGGCAAAAAUUAUAUUCCUACUCAAUUUCCCGGGUCCAUCCAGUCUUCACAAUCAAGCAUUGAGGGCUCUACACUUCCUUUAACUGCAUGUGGAAUCUCAUAUCCGGAAAUGCAAGUGACCUCCCACAUUCAGCUUCCUCAGAGAGAGCAGAGUACUUUAGACACAAGGAAAUUGUUAACUCUUCAUUGCCAAGCGAACCAAGCCUUAUCCUCCAUAGAUCAAGCUGUUAUUGUCCCUUCAAGUGAUGCUACUUGUAUUCCAGAGCUACAUAGUACACUCAGUUCUUCAGCAGCAAAAACUUCCUCCCUUGGCAUUGGUCAUCCUGCUUGGGCAAACUCAACAAGAGGGUUUGGUGCUGCUUUAAAUAUUAAAACACUAGUUGCUGCUGCAGAGAGAAGACAAACACCUAUAGAGGCUCCAGCAUCAGAGGUCCAGGAUAAAAUAUCAUUUAUCAUGAAUAACCUAUCAGAUGAAAAUAUUGAAGUUAAAGCAAAAGAGAUUGUGGAACUUUUAAAAGAGGAGCACUACCCCUGGUUUGCUCAGUAUAUUGUGAUGAGAAGAGCAAGCAUUGAACCAAAUUAUCAUGCAUUAUAUGUGAAGCUCCUAGAUAAAGUAAAUUUGAAGGCAUUAUUCAAGGAGGUUGUCCGAGCAACCUAUGAAAAUUGCAAGGUUCUGUUACAAUCAGGUCUUAUAAAGUCAAGUUCAGAAGAGCGUUCAUUGCUGAAAAAUUUGGGAAGCUGGCUAGGAAAGAUUACCAUUGGCAGGGAUCAUGUUUUACUGGCUCGUGAGAUUGAUCCUAAGUCUUUGAUUAUAGAGGCUUAUGAAAAAGGGUUGAUGAUUGCAGUUAUUCCCUUCACCUCGAAGAUAUUGGAAUCAUGUCAAAACAGUCUAGCAUACCAACCUCCUAAUGCAUGGACCAUGGCCAUUCUUGGACUACUUGUUGAGAUUCAUGCAUUGCCAAAUUUAAAAAUGAACCUCAGAUUUGAUAUUGAGGUGCUGUUCAAGAACCUUGGUGUGGAUUUGAAGGACAUAAAUCCAACUUCUCUUCUGAAAGACCGGGUUAGGGAAUUUGAAGGAAAUCCAGAUUUCUCAAACAAGGAUGCUGGAUCUUCUCAACCACAGUUUUUUGGUGAUAUCAAAUUGGGAAUUGUGUCCAAUCUGAAUGAGGGUGAACUAUCAGUUGAUGUUGCAAGUACAUCACAUCCUGGUCAUCAUUCACAUAUAGUACCUCAGUAUGCUGCUUCUCUCCAUCUUCCAUCUAGGACAUUGACAGAUGAAGGGAAGUUAACAGCUCUAGUAUCUGAUCAGCAUAUACUACCUUCUGCUCAAGGUCUUCUACAAGUGGAAACACCACUUUCUGUUGUUAGCCAGCUUCCAAUAGCUGCAUCUAAUAUUGAGGAGCAAGUUAUUAUCAAUCCAAAACUCCAUGAUUUUGGUCUGCACUCACAUUUUCAAAGUGUACUUCCCAUUGCCAUGGAAAAAACAAUCAAGGACAUAGUCAUGAGCAUUACUAUGCAGCGCAGUGUUUUUACUGCCACUCAAACAACAAAGGAACUUGUGUUGAAGGACUAUUCCAUGGAAUCUGAUGAGACCCAGAUACGUAACGUAUCACAUUUUAUGGUUGCCAGUUUAGCCGGAAGUCUAAUUCAUGUGCAUUUCAAGGAACCUUUAUUUGUUUCCAUAUCAAGUCAACUUAGAAAUACACUUGAGGGAAUAGACAUUGCAAAUGAGUUCCUUGAACAUGCUGUACAACUUGUGACUAAUGACAAUCUUGAGCUUGGCUGUGCAUUGAUUGAACAAACUGCAAUAAAGAAGGCUAUACAAACUAUUGAUGAAGCCAUUAAUAUUGAGCUUGCCAGUAUGACACAUAGGGAGGGGCACAAACACAUUGAUUCAUAUAUCUGUACAGAACAGUGCAAGGGAGUUUUACCUGAAGCCCUUCGCAUUAAAUCUGGUCACUUAUCCUACUCUCAACAGCGAGUUUAUGAGGAUUUUGUUCGCUUACCUUGGAAAAAUCAAUCAAUCCAGAGCUCAAAUGCUUUGUCCCUAGGUCCUGCCUCAUCAAAUAACAGGAUUCUGUCCGAGGCUUAUGUAGCAGGAUCUGCACAAAUGAGCACUGCUGCUAUUUACUCUUCUGGCCUUUUUAAGGCAGGAACUGCUGCUGUUCUAAAUUACUUGGAUAUUGCAUCAGAAGAGAUAGAUACUAGUUCAUCUCAGCUUCAUAGUGCCUCUUUACCUCCAAUUGGGAUGGGUGAUGGUGCUAGUUCUUACAAUUUUGAAAAUGACAGUAUAGUGACUCCAUUUUCUUCAGUCUUAUUGCGGCCAAUCAAGCCAUGUAAUGUUGUAAAGGGGACAGGGUGUUCCAUACAGCCACAAAAUCCUACACUAUCCUCUGAGGAUCUUCAAAGUAGUGUUUCAGAGCCAUCAUUGACCACAGGCGAUGCACUGGACAAGUACCGGAUUAUUUUGGAGAAGCUUGAAAAUCUGGUGAGUUGUGGAGUUAAGGAAACAGAAAUUCAGGGUGCUAUUGCUGAAGUUCCAGCAAUAAUCCUCAGAUGUAAAAGUCAAGAUGAGGCAGCCUUGGCUGUGGCUCGAAAGGUUUUCAAAGGAUUAUAUGAAAAUGCAUCAAACAUUGGACAUGUUAGUGUUCAUCUUGCUAUGCUGUGUUCUAUCUGUGACAUCAGCAAGGUUGUUGUUAAGGAGCUGACUAGUUGGGUGAUUUACUCUGAUGAGGAGCAGAAGUUCAACAAAGACAUAACUGUUCAUCUUAUACAGAGUGAACUACUGAGCCUUGCAGAGUAUAAUAUUCAUAUGGCGGAACUUAUUAAUGCUGAAAGAAAUAAGUCUGCAACUGUGUUUUCGAUUUCUCUUAUACAAACAUUGCUGAAGAUUGAUUCAAAAGCUGUAUUGGAGCUGCAAGAUCUUGUGGAUGCAUUGGGAAAGCUUGCUGCAAGACCUGGUUCUCACGAGUCAUUGAAACAGCUAGUUGAGAUAGCCAAGAAUCCUUCUGCUAAUGUUAUGGCUUCGUCUGGUGCUUCUUGCUGGAAGGAGGAUAAUUUCAAACAAUCUAAGGAAAAAAAGGCUGCUAUGCUCCCUCCAAGCGGUGGAGAUAAGAGCUCAUUUGAAUGUGUUGAGCCAGGCCCUGCUGGAUUCCAUGAACAGGUCUCCAUGCUGUUUGUUGAAUGGUAUCAGAUAUGUGGAAGUCCUGGAGCAAAGGAUGCUGCUUCUGCUCUCUAUGUUUCACGACUACACCGUAGUGGCCUAUUAAAAGGGGAUGAUGUCUCAGAUUGCUUUUUCCAGAAGCUCAUGGAAAUUUCCGUGUUACACUGUUUAUCAUCUGAGGUGAUAAGUUUGAGUCUUUCCCAAGCAUCUGAAGCAAAAACUCUGUCAUUCCUAGCUAUUGAUCUCUAUGCCAAGUUGGUGUACUCAGUUGUGAAGUUUUAUCCAGUUGAUCAGGGAACAAGUAAAAUUUCCCUAUUGUCUAGGGUCCUCGCAGUAACUGUGAAAUUCAUUCAGAGAGAUUCAGAUGAGAAGUCAGAUUCCUUUGAUCCAAGACCCUACUUUAGGCUUUUUAUAAAUUGGAUAAUUGAUUUGUGUUCAUCAGAUCCCAUAUUUGAUGGUGCAAACUUUCAGAUCUUGUCUGUGUUUGCAAGUGCCUUCCAUGCUCUUCAACCACUUAAAGUGCCAGGGUUCAGCUUUGUGUGGCUUGAGCUUGUUACUCAUAGAUGUUUCAUGCCAAAAUUACUCACCGGAAAUGCUCAGAACGAGUGGCCUUAUUUCCAUCGAUUGUUGGUUGACUUGCUCCAGUUUAUGGAGCCAUUCCUUAGAAAUGCUGGACUAGGAGAAGCACCGGUCUGUCUUCUAUAUGAAGGGACACUCAGGGUGUUGUUAAUUCUUCUUCAUGACUUCCCAGAGUUCCUCUGUGACUAUCACUUCAGCUUCUGUGACGUGAUACCUCCGAUCUGUGUACAGAUGAGAAACAUGGUUCUUAGUGCAUGUCCUCGCAAUAUAAAGCUGCCUAAUCUUUCAGUUCCCGACGUAAAGAUUGAUCUACUACCUGAGAUCAAACUAUCCCCACGCAUUCUGUCUGAGGUUGAUGCUGCUCUUAAAGCAAGACAGCUUAAGAAUGAUGUGGAUGAAUACCUUAAGACAAGACAACAGGGGUCUCUGUUUCUUAGGGAGUUGAAGCAAACACUCUUACUCUCUCCUAGUGAAGCUACCCGGGCUGGGACUCAUUAUAACGUGCCUCUUAUCAACUCCCUUGUGCUCUAUGUUGGGAUCUUGGCUGUACAACAGCUGCAGACAAGAACAGCAGCAUCUAAUAAUAAUUCACAAGUGCUGCUGGUGCUGGGAAAUAGUGGUCCGAAUCAUUCAACAUUAGUGAGUGCUGCUUUUGAUAUCUUCCAGACUUUAAGCAUGGAGUUGGACAAGGAGGGGCGUUACGUGAUGUUGAAUGCAAUUGCAAAUCAAUUGCGCUAUCCAAACAACCACACACAUUACUUCUCCUUAACCAUUCUCUAUCUUUUUGCAAACUCAAACCAGGAAAUGAUACAAGAACAGAUAAUAAGAGUGAUAUUAGAACGUCUUGUUGCCAAACCACCUCAUCCAUGGGGACUGGUGGCCACUUUCCUUGAGCUCACAAUGAAUAAGAAUUACAACUUCUGGGAAAGGUCGUUCACCAGGUGUUCACCUGAUAUUGAGAACCUCCUGAGAUCAGCACUAUCAUCCGUGCUAAGAAUUACUACUGUUGCCUCAUAAUAUCAUCCCUCACAUCUCCAUUUUAUCAUCUUCACUUCACAAUGACUGACUCAACUCCUUUUCAAUGUGGAUUUUGUUACUCCUCAAUUUACAAUACACACUUUCCCCCCUCAAUAUCUCAAUUACUGUCACAUUUUAUA